CUUUUUCUUUCUUCCUCUCUCUCUCGAGCUUGUUCUCGAGCAGAGGCACCACUUUGAUCUUCAUCUUCCCCAUCACAUUUCAUUGAUUUGUAUUCAAUAGACGGGCUAUCGGUGCUUCCAUUCCAAAUUGCCCGAAGACUCGCGCUUUUGCUUGUUGAAGGUUGAUUUCAUUCCCCCCGCCAUCACCAUCUAGUCGAGUAGAAAAACCUGAACUCGAGUUUUUUUCCACCCAAAACGCCACAACACCAUGCCGGGAACAAUCUCCGAAAAGGUCUACGCCCCAGUGGCUGCCAAACAUCUCGAAGGCAGCGACGAUGGCUUGAUCAGCCUCGAAUUGCAGGAUGGCGUCGUCUACCAAGGCUACAGCUUUGGCGCGAAGAAGAGCGUCGCCGGAGAAUUGGUUUUUCAAACAGGCAUGGUGGGAUAUCCUGAAUCCAUCACUGAUCCCUCUUACCGAGGACAAAUUCUCGUCAUCACAUUUCCCCUUGUAGGAAACUAUGGUGUUCCUUCUCGAGAGACCAUGGACGACGUCCUCAAGGACCUGCCCGCCCAUUUCGAAUCCUCCCAAAUCCACAUUGCCGGCCUCGUCUGCGCGUCCUACGCUGGAGAAGACUAUUCCCACUUCCUGGCUACAUCUUCUUUGGGAACAUGGCUGAAGGAGCAGGGAGUUCCUGCUAUAUAUGGUGUCGAUACCCGAGAAUUGACUAAGAGGAUUCGGGACGAGGGAAGUAUGCUUGGACGAAUGAUGGUCCAGAAAGAGGGCUUGACCAACGGGUAUGCCAGUGGGAAUGUCAAUGGUAUUUCUGAAGUUCUCUCCGGGAAAGACUGGAGGGCUUCCUUCGAGACCAUUGACUGGUUGAACCCAAACGCGAAGAACCUCGUAGCAGACGGUGAGUUUCUGCUUGUAGCCAGCCCGCGAGUGAGGGCUGACAUCGAACAUAGUAUCGAUACGAGAACCCAAAUUAUACACCCCCGACCCAUCUACUGCUCUUAAGCACCCUUCUGGUAGGCCUUUACGCGUUUUGUGUCUAGAUGUUGGGUUAAAAUACAACCAAUUGAGAUGCCUCUUACGCCGCGGCGUGGAGGUCAUGGUUUGCCCUUGGGACUAUGAUUUUCCAGCUCUUACAGGCGAGGACUACGACGGACUUUUCAUAUCCAAUGGACCCGGUGAUCCAGCAUUGAUGGAGAAAACCGUCAAGCAUCUAUCCGCUGCAAUUGCUGAAAACCGAACCCCAAUAUUUGGAAUUUGUUUGGGACACCAAUUGCUUGCUAGAGCAUCUGGUGCAACCACAUCCAAGAUGAAGUUUGGUAACCGUGGACACAACAUCCCGUGUACGAACAUGUUGACUGGAAAAUGUCACAUCACGUCUCAGAACCACGGUUUCGCAGUCGAUACCGCCAGUUUAUCAUCCGACUGGAUGGAGCUGUUUGUUAAUGCUAAUGACGGCAGCAACGAGGGUAUUAGACACAACAGCAAGCCAUACUUCAGUGUGCAAUUCCACCCGGAAAGUACCCCAGGCCCACGAGACACCGAAUUUCUGUUUGAUGUGUUUAUCAAUACGAUUGUGGGCACUACUGCUGAUAAAACAUUGCUCUCAAAACCAGUCACUUUCCCUGGAGGUGACAAACUCGAAAACGAGAGACUUCGACCAAGGGUGGAUGUGAAGAAAGUUCUUGUCCUCGGUUCCGGUGGAUUAUCCAUUGGCCAAGCUGGAGAAUUCGACUACUCUGGUAGUCAGGCCAUUAAAGCUCUCAAAGAAGAAGGCAUCUAUACUGUUUUGAUCAACCCCAAUAUUGCCACCAUCCAAACAUCCAAAGGGUUGGCAGACAAGGUCUACUUCCUUCCGGUCAAUGCCGAAUUCGUCCGCAAAGUCAUUAUUCGCGAACGACCUGAUUCGAUUUACGUAACUUUCGGAGGACAGACCGCUCUCCAGGUUGGUAUCCAACUGAAAGAUGAGUUUGAAGAACUUGGUGUUAAGGUUCUCGGAACACCAAUUGAUACAAUCAUCACUACCGAAGACAGAGAGUUGUUUGCUCGUAGUAUGGAAUCUAUUGGUGAGAAAUGUGCAAAAUCUGCAUCAGCUAGCACUGUUCAAGAGGCUGUGCGGGUCGUCAAGGACAUUGGAUUUCCCGUCAUUGUUCGUGCUGCCUAUGCCCUUGGUGGACUUGGAAGCGGUUUUGCCAAUAAUGAGGCAGAAUUGGUAGAGCUUUGCAACAAAGCAUUUGCUGCCAGUCCCCAAGUUUUGAUUGAGCGAAGUAUGAAAGGCUGGAAGGAGAUUGAAUACGAAGUUGUUCGAGAUGCUCAGGACAAUUGCAUUACAGUUUGUAACAUGGAGAACUUUGAUCCUUUGGGGAUCCAUACCGGAGACUCCAUCGUCGUUGCUCCAUCGCAGACACUUUCUGAUGAGGACUAUAACAUGCUGCGAACCACAGCUGUCAAUGUCAUUCGCCAUUUGGGAGUUGUCGGUGAGUGCAAUAUUCAAUAUGCUCUCAACCCAUUUUCUAGAGAGUAUUGCAUUAUCGAGGUCAACGCUAGAUUAUCUCGAUCCUCUGCUUUGGCUUCCAAGGCCACUGGAUAUCCUUUGGCAUUUAUCGCAGCCAAGUUGGGUUUAAAUAUCCCACUCAACCAGAUUUCCAACUCUGUCACAAAAGUUACAUGCGCAUGCUUUGAGCCUUCGCUGGAUUACGUCGUGGUAAAGAUGCCAAGAUGGGAUCUAAAGAAAUUUAAUCGUGUUUCCACUCAACUUGGUUCCUCAAUGAAGAGUGUUGGAGAAGUAAUGAGCAUUGGCAGAACAUUUGAAGAAGCAAUCCAGAAAGCCAUUCGUGCUAUCGAUUUCAACAACUUGGGAUUCAACGAGACUCCAGCUCUCAUGUCGAUCGAUGAUGAACUCCAAACGCCCUCUGAUCAACGUCUAUUUGCGAUUGCAAAUGCCAUGCACUCGGGAUACUCUGUUGAGAAGAUCUGGGAGAUGACCAAGAUUGAUAAAUGGUUCUUGAGCAGAUUAAAGGGACUCAGCGACUUUAGCAAGUUGAUGUCCACCUUGAGCACAGAUAACAUCGAACUCAUCCUCCUCCGUCAAGCCAAACAACUUGGUUUCUGUGAUCGUCAAUUGGCUAAGUUCUGGGGUUCUAAUGAACUCGCUGUUCGACGUAUGCGAGUUGAAGCUGGAAUCACCCCGGUUGUAAAGCAAAUCGAUACCGUUGCUGCAGAAUUCCCGGCAUUCACGAACUAUUUGUACAUGACAUACAAUGGAUCAGAGAGCGAUAUCACUUUCAACGAUCACGGUGUAAGGGAGAGUUAAUUCGGAUUGCAGAUCAUUCGUUAACUUAUGUGUAGGUCAUGGUACUGGGAUCUGGGGUUUACCGAAUCGGAUCUUCUGUGGAGUUUGAUUGGUGCUCAGUCAGAGCUAUCAGAACUCUUCGUGCGACUGGUUUCAAAACUGUCAUGGUCAACUAGUAAGUGGUUUUCUCUAUUGCUCCUGUUCCAGCUGCCCAAGGAGGGGUUGAAAUAUUGCUUUAUAAGGAUCAGAUCCAGCACUGCUUCGCGUACACCCGCGACUUAAUUGUCCCAAAGUGCUUGGUUUAAUUAUGUCCGACAAAACUUAAUUGACCUAAAUCUUUCGCACAAUUGAUUUGAUUGUGUGAGUUUUUUGGGUUAAUCAUGCCAGACCAAACUCAAUUGACCUAAAGCUUUCGCAUAAUUGAUUUGAUUAUGCGGGGUUUUUGGGUCAAUGGAAUCUGUACAGGUGCAUUCAAAGCGGUUCUCUUACUUUUCCCCUCAAGAGAGACACUCGUCCCUUUACCGACCCCCCACCAACUACACCCCCCUUCCACCCCCACCCCCAUUUCAACUCUACCCCCAUUCGAAUAUUCAUUACUAGCUUGUUUGAUUUACAAAUUGUUCGAAAGAAAUCCGCUAACAACUUCUUCAGUAGUAAAGCCCCUCUCCAAUUUCCUUCUUUCCUUUCCUCUUUCCCCCUCCCUCCCUCUUCCCCUCCAUAUACCCUUUCUUAUAUCAAGACUAACUUGACCUCGACCCGGAAACCGUGAGCACCGACACAGAAGAAGCCGAUAGACUCUAUUUCGAGGUAAUCAACGUCGAAAGUGUUCUCGACAUCUACGAAAAAGAAUGCUCAUCCGGUGUUUUGAUCUCAAUGGGCGGACAAACCCCCAACAAUCUGGCCCUCCCACUGCAUCGCCUCAACGUCAAGAUCCUCGGGACAUCCCCUGAAAUGAUUGAUAACGCUGAGAAUCGAUACAAGUUCUCUCGUAUGUUGGAUAGAAUUGGUGUUGACCAACCUACUUGGAAAGAACUCACUAGCUUCGAAGAGGCCAAAGAAUUCUGCAACACAGUCUCGUACCCUGUGUUGGUUCGUCCGUCAUAUGUUCUCUCUGGUGCUGCUAUGAACACAGUCUACUCAGAGGCUGACCUUCAAGCCUACCUUGCGCAGGCUGCUGAGGUUUCUCGAGAGCACCCAGUGGUCAUUACCAAAUACAUUGAGAAUGCCAAAGAAAUCGAGAUGGACGCAGUAGCCAAGAAUGGAAAAAUGGUAGGCCAUUUUAUUUCGGAGCACGUUGAGAACGCAGGAGUUCAUUCCGGUGAUGCUACCUUGAUUUUACCACCACAGGAUCUUGAGGCCACAACUAUCAAGAGAAUUGAGGAAGCCACACGUAAAAUUGGAGAUGCUUUGAAUGUCACCGGCCCUUACAACAUCCAGUUCAUCGCCAAAGACAAUGACAUCAAGGUCAUCGAGUGCAAUGUUAGGGCAUCAAGAUCGUUCCCAUUCAUCUCAAAGGUUAUGGGUGUUGAUUUGAUUGAAAUGGCCACUAAAGCAAUCAUGGGUGUUCCUUUCGUCGAGUAUCCUCCAACUCAGCUACCCAAGAACUGUGUCGGUGUCAAAGUGCCACAAUUCAGUUUCUCGCGUUUGUCCGGUGCCGAUCCUGUUCUCGGUGUAGAGAUGGCUUCCACUGGUGAGGUUGCUUGCUUUGGUGCCGACAAAUACGAGGCCUACAUCAAAGCCCUCAUUUCAACAGGUUUCAAACUGCCCAACCGCAACAUUCUUUUGUCCAUUGGAUCUUACAAGGACAAGAACGAAAUGCUUCCAUCUAUCGUAAAGCUUCAAAAGAUGGGUUACCGCCUCUUUGCCACUGCUGGUACUGCCGAUUUCCUCCAGGAGCAUCAAGUCACAGUUCAAUAUCUUGAGAUUCUUGGCAAAGGCGGGGAUGACCAGAAGUCGGAGUACUCGCUGACACAGCAUCUUGCAAACAACAUGAUCGAUUUGUACAUCAAUCUUCCAUCCAGCAACCGUUACCGUCGACCAGCAAACUACAUGAGUAAAGGAUACCAAACUCGAAGAAUGGCUGUCGACUACCAAACACCAUUGGUAACAAAUGUGAAGAACGCAAAGAUUCUGAUUGAAGCCAUUGCCAGGAAUUAUGAUCUCGAGAUUAGCAACAUAGACGCCCACGUCAGCCACCGUCCCGUUCCCCCUGGAAUUGCGUCAAGAAAUAGCCAUGACCUUCUUGGUCCAUCACUCUACCCCCAGCCCACAGUUGCUCCUUCUCUCCAGCAGUUGUUAGCACAGUCGCCAUUCAAGAACCAUAAUGUUCUUUCUGUCAACCAAUUCAACCGACAAGACCUCCACUUGCUUUUCACGGUUGCACAAGAGAUGCGACUGGGUGUUCAAAGAGAAGGUGUCCUUGACAUUCUCAAAGGACGAGUACUUUGCACGAUGUUCUUCGAGCCAUCGACUCGUACCUCUGCUUCCUUCGAUGCUGCUAUGCAAAGAUUGGGUGGACGCACUGUGGCCAUUUCGAACCAGCACUCGAGCACACAAAAGGGAGAAACCUUGGCUGAUACUAUCCGUACUCUGGGAUGUUAUGGAGAUGCGAUUGUUCUCAGACAUCCCGAUGAGAGCAGUGCUGAUACCGCAGCAAAGUUUUCACCUGUCCCAAUCAUCAACGGUGGCAACGGCAGCAAAGAGCACCCCACUCAAGCAUUCCUAGAUCUCUUCACCAUCCGUGAGGAGUUAGGAACUGUUACAGGCUUGACAAUUACAUUCGUUGGAGACCUCUGCUACGGACGAACCGUACACUCUCUCGUCAAGCUCCUCCAACACUACGACGUCAACAUCCAACUAGUCUCACCAAAGCCCCUCGCCCUCCCAGCUGAAAUCCUCGAAUUGAUCAAGUCUAAACCGGGCCAACUCCUCAUUGAAACAACGGAAUUGACGUCCGAGGUUGUCGCCCGAAGCGAUGUCCUCUACUGCACCCGUGUGCAGAAGGAGCGCUUCGCGGACUUGGAAGAGUAUGAACGUCUCAAGGAUAGCUUUGUGGUGAGCAAUAAGACUUUGAGCAGUGCGAAGAGUCAUAUGAUUGUUAUGCAUCCUCUGCCGAGGAAUAAUGAGAUUGCGGAGGAGGUGGACUUUGAUCAGCGGGCGGCGUAUUUUAGACAGGCAUGUUCUAUUCUCCCCCGUUCCGUGUUCUUUUCCUCUUGAUUUGUGUUUGGUUCUGAAAACGGUUACUGAUUCUUUUGUGUGUACAGAUGAGAUAUGGAUUAUAUUGCCGCAUGGCACUUUUGGCGCUGGUUAUGGCUCCUUAGAUAGCGUGGUAGGCGUGGGAACAAAUGACUGUAUGUAUGUAUGUGCAAUGAUUGGCGUUUCUCUUUUUUUUCUUUUGGGGGUUUUAUAGGUGGAAUUAAAAGUCCUGCGAUCUUUUGUGUGUUUUUGGUGGUUAGAGCGAGUGUCUAUAGAUAUAAAUCUUAGUGUCACUUCCUUGCUAUGAUGAUCGUACUUGGAAUCGGUUGAGAUUUAUUUCGGCUCUAUUGAUUUUGUU